AUGGCGACCACAUCGAACAUGUUUUUGUACUCGCUGACGGUCCAGCCACCUACCAAUGUCACACAGGCUGUCCUGGGUCAGUUCGCAGGCACUAGGGAACAGCUCAUCAUCACUGGUGCUGGCUCGCAGCUCUCUCUUCUGCGACCUGAUCCCUCCCAAGGAAAAGUAAUUACUCUUCUCUCUCAUGAUGUGUUUGGCAUCAUCCGUUCCCUCGCCGCCUUCCGGUUAGCUGGAAGCAAUAAGGACUACUUGAUCAUUGCUUCUGACUCUGGUCGGAUCACAAUCAUCGAGUAUCUCCCCGCCCAGAACCGCUUCCAGCGACUGCACCUCGAAACUUUUGGCAAGUCGGGCGUGAGAAGGGUUGUUCCCGGCGAGUAUCUUGCUUGUGACCCUAAAGGGCGGGCAUGUUUAAUUGCCUCAACUGAGAAGAACAAGCUCGUCUACGUUCUCAACCGGAAUUCACAAGCCGAGCUUACCAUCUCGUCACCGCUUGAGGCCCACAAACCCGGAGUUCUCGUCAUCUCUAUGGUUGCACUUGACGUCGGGUAUUCAAACCCUGUCUUCGCCGCACUUGAGAUCGACUAUUCCGAGGUUGAUCAAGAUUCUACAGGUCAGGCAAUGGAGGAAUUAGACACCCAGCUUGUGUAUUAUGAGCUUGAUCUAGGACUUAACCACGUCGUUCGAAAAUGGUCAGACCCUGUCGACCCCACUGCCUCAAUACUGUUCCAGGUACCAGGCGGUAAUGACGGCCCAAGCGGUGUGUUGGUCUGCGGCGAGGAAAACAUCACGUAUCGACACUCAAACCAAGAGGCUUUCCGAGUUGCUAUUCCUCGUCGACGCGGGGCCACCGAAGAUCCCAAUCGCAAGCGCACAAUUGUGUCCGGCAUUAUGCACAAGCUGAAGGGUAACACCGGUGCUUUCUUCUUUCUUCUACAAACAGAUGAUGGCGACCUCUUCAAGCUCUCAAUCGACAUGAUUGAAGAUGAAGAAGGCAACCCAACCGGAGAAGUUAAGAGACUCAAGAUCAAAUAUUUCGACACUGUUCCGGUGGCAUCCAGUCUUUGCAUCCUCAAGAGUGGAUUUCUCUAUGUUGCUACCCAAUUUGGCAACUACUCGUUCUACCAAUUUGAAAAGCUUGGUGACGAUGAUGAGGAGCUGGAGUUCUACAGUGAUGAUUUCCCUGCAGACCCCAAGGCCUCCUACGAGCCUGUCUAUUUCCACCCUCGCCCGACUGAGAACUUGGCUUUGGUUGAGAGUAUCCCUGCCAUGAACCCCCUCUUGGAUUGCAAGGUCGCGAACCUCACUGGGGAAGACGCUCCUCAAAUAUAUACCAUAUGCGGCAAUGGCCCUCGAAGCAGCUUCAGAAUGCUAAAGCAUGGGCUAGAAGUCAACGAGAUCGUUGCUUCUGAGCUUCCUGGAAUACCUUCUGCUGUAUGGACCUUGAAGCUGAAUCGGUCGGAACAAUAUGAUGCUUACAUCGUAUUAUCAUUUACCAAUGGAACACUUGUUCUCAGUAUUGGGGAGACGGUCGAGGAGGUGAGCGACUCGGGUUUCCUCACGAGUGUCCCCACAUUAGCAGCUCAGCUUCUUGGUGAUGAUGGCCUGAUCCAGGUCCAUCCUAAAGGCAUUCGACACAUCCGUAAUGGACAUGUAAAUGAAUGGGCAGCUCCACAGCAUCGGUCGAUUGUUGCCGCUACUGCCAAUGCUCAUCAAGUCGCGGUGGCUCUUAGCUCCGGCGAGAUAGUAUACUUCGAGAUGGACGCUGAUGGCUCGCUGGCCGAGUACGAUGAGAAAAAGGAAAUGUUUGGGACAGUCACAUGCUUGAGUCUGGGUGAUGUGCCUGAAGGGCGUCUGAGAAGCUCCUUCUUGGCUGUCGGCUGUGAUGACUGCACUGUUCGUAUUCUCAGUCUUGACCCUGAAUCGACUUUGGAAAAUAAGUCGGUACAGGCUUUGACAGCGGCCCCGACGUCGUUGGCUAUCAUCGCCAUGGAAGACUCUUCAUCGGGUGGUUCUACACUAUAUCUUCACAUCGGACUUCACUCCGGUGUGUAUCUCAGGACCGUUCUUGAUGAGAUCACCGGCGAAUUGACAGACACCCGUCAAAAGUUUCUCGGUCCCAAGGAAGUUAGGUUAUUCCAAGUUACCGUUCAGGGCAAGACCUGUGUACUUGGGCUCAGCUCUAGGCCAUGGCUUGGCUACGCAGAUCCUAUUACCAAGGGAUUUGUUGUGACACCUCUCAGCUACGUUGAUCUAGAAUGGGGUUGGAAUUUCAGCAGUGAGCAGUGCGAGGAAGGCAUCGUUGGCAUUCAAGGCCAGUCGCUACGAAUUUUCAACAUCGAUCGACUUGGCGAGACUUUGAUCCAAAAGUCUAUACCUUUAACUUAUACCCCAAAGAAGCUCGUCAAGCAUCCCGAACAACCUCUGUUCUACACUAUCGAAGCGGAUAACAAUACCUUGCCACCUGAAUUGAGAGCCCAGCUCUUGGCUGAUCCCGGAGUUGUAAAUGGUGAUUCUAGGAUUCUUCCACCUGAGGACUUUGGGUAUCCCAAGGGUACUCGACGAUGGGCAUCCUGCAUCAACGUGAUUGAUCCCCUGUCUGAAGAAGGACAGGUUUUACAAACCAUUGAUUUAGAAAACAACGAGGCAGCUGUCAGCGCAGCCAUCGUGUCGUUCGCCAGCCAAGACAAUGAGAGCUUUCUCGUUGUUGGUACUGGCAAGGAUAUGGUGGUCAAUCCGAGAAGCUUCUCGGAAGGAUAUCUCCAUAUUUACCGAUUCUCGGAGGGUGGACGGGAGCUUGAGUUCAUUCAUAAGACCAAGGUCGAAGAACCACCGCUGGCCUUGCUGGCUUUCCAAGGCAGAGUCCUCGUAGCUGUCGGCACACAACUCCGUAUAUAUGACUUGGGUAUGAGGCAAAUGCUUCGCAAGUCCCAGGCCGAGGUUGCAUCACAACAGAUUGUGUCAUUGAACACACAAGGCAGUCGUAUCAUCGUGGGUGAUGUUCAACAAGGCGUUACAUACGUUGUCUACAAGCCUGCUUCAAACAAGCUCAUUCCCUUUGUCGAUGAUACGAUCGCAAGAUGGACAACGUGUACGACCAUGGUUGAUUACGAGUCAGUGGCUGGUGGCGACAAGUUCGGUAAUAUGUUUAUCGUGCGCUGUCCUGAGAAGGCCAGUGAAGAGGCUGACGAGGAGCAAUCUGGGUUGCAUUUGAUUAAUGCGCGAGACUACCUCCACGGUACACCUCACAGAGUGAGCUUGAUGUGCCAUUUCUAUACACAGGAUAUCCCGACCAGUAUUGCCAAGACAAGUCUUGUGGUCGGCGGGCAAGAAAUCUUGCUUUGGAGUGGCAUCAUGGGCACAAUCGGAGUUUUUAUUCCAUUCGUCAGUCGUGAAGACACGGACUUCUUCCAGAAUCUCGAACAACAUCUGAGGACUGAGGAUCCCCCACUUGCCGGACGAGAUCAUCUCAUGUAUCGCGGUUACUACGCUCCUGUCAAGGGAGUCAUCGAUGGUGACCUAUGUGAACGAUACAACCUUCUACCAAACGAUAAGAAGCAGAUGAUCGCAGGCGAGUUGGAUCGUUCGGUCCGGGAGAUUGAGAGGAAGAUUUCUGAUAUUCGAACGCGAUCUGCAUUUUAA